AUGCUGUGUCUUUAUGUAUGGGGUUCACGUUGGGGACUUCCUUCUAUUGACCCUGCGUGUUUAUCGGUCAUUUCAUACUUACAACUUGUUUCUGAAGAAUGGAAAGUUGUUGAAUGCAGUAAUCCAAAUGUCUCUCCAACAGGAGAACUUCCUGUAUUAAGAGAUGGGCUGAAUUGGAUCACAGGUGUUCACAAUAUAAUAAGCCACCUAAAGAAAAAUGGUUUAAAUGCGGAUGAAAAUUUAACAGAUAAACAAAAAGCAGAUAGCCUGGCGUUCGCCUCUUACCUUGAAGAAUGCGUCUACGAUAUACUCUUAUUUGCAUGGUACGUUGAUUCCAAAAAUUUCAUAGAAGUCAUCCGUCCACUUUACGCGGGAUUACUUUCAUUCCCAAUGCAAUAUUUUAUACCAGCGCAACUACGUAGCUCCGCCAGGGAGAGGUUGGAAAUACAUGGUAUCGAAAGCGUUGGUGAUACUGGAAUUAUUAUAGAUAAGGAUAAAAAGAUGAAUAAAAUUGUUUACGAAUCGUAUAAUGUGUUGCAAAAGAAAUUAGGGACAAAUGAAUUUUUUUUUGGAGAUCAGCCAUCUUCCUUAGAUGCUAUUGCAUAUGGUUAUUUGGCCCUUCAUUUAUAUGCAGAACUUCCCGAUUCAGAAUUAUCUACUAUUCUUAAUACUGAAUAUCCACGACUUGCCCGAUUUUGUGAACGAAUGAAAGAUCUACUUUCUUCACGGCCGAUUAGUCAUUUGCCGUCUCCCGACCUCCCAUCCUUUUUUUCAGGCCUUUUCACUUCUCCUCGUACAUGGUUUAGUCGCAAUAUUUGGAGAACUAAUAUUGAAGAAAUAAAAAGAGAAAAAUCUGAAGCACAAAUCAAAUUUGAAAGAACGAGAAAUUUGUCAAUAUUUGGAGCAAUUUGUUUCGUAGUUGCUUAUGUAACUUGGAAUGGAAUUAUAAGUAUCGAAUUUGGUGAUGAGGAUGAAGAAGAAUAUACUGGUUCUAAAAGAGAGGAAAUUGACGAAGAAGUGGAUUACGAAGAAGUGGACUACGAAGAUAGCGAAACCUAG